CGCGAGUGAGAGUCGUUCCCACGUGAGAGGCUCGGCGGCCGAAUUCUUCGUGUGCGGCGGCCGCGGACCUCCCGGCGUCCGGCGAGAGGGAGAGACCUGGUCCGGCGCGCGCGCGCGCGGGCGGGCGGCGGGGCCGGCGCUCGGCUGCGCCCCGAUGCGGCGGCGACCCCGGGGGCUGUGAGCCCGGCGCCCGCCGUCGGAGCCCCCCGCGCCGCCGCGGGCAGCGCCCCUCGGGCACGCGGCAUGCGGGCGGCAGACUCUGGCACCUGGGAGCGCGUCCGCCAGCUCGCGGCUCAGGGCGAGCCGGCGCCUUCCUGCGGGGCGGGGGCUGGGCCGGCGCGCCCCCCGGGACCCGCAGCCUGCGAGCCGGGUGCGGACGCGGCGGGGCCCGGCGAUCGGCCCCGCGCCGGGGCGCCCUCCGUUCGAGCGGAUGGCGACUGCAGCCAGCCCGCACUGCUGCGGGAGGAAGUGUCCCGGCUCCAGGAGGAAGUCCACCUUCUCCGGCAGAUGAAGGAGAUGCUGAUGAAGGACCUGGAGGAGUCGCAGGGCGGCAAGUCCUCCGAGGUCCUCGCGGCCACCGAGCUCAGGGUCCAGCUGGCCCAGAAGGAACAGGAGCUAACCAGAGCCAAAGAAGCAUUGCAGGCCAUGAAAGCCGACCGAAAGCGCCUAAAGGGUGAAAAGACGGACCUGGUGAGCCAGAUGCAGCAGCUGUAUGCCACGCUGGAGAGCCGCGAGGAGCAGCUGCGCGACUUCAUCCGCAACUAUGAGCAGCACCGCAAGGAGAGCGAGGACGCCGUCAAAGCCCUGGCCAAGGAGAAGGACCUGCUGGAGCGCGAGAAGUGGGAGCUGCGGCGCCAAGCCAAGGAGGCCACGGACCACGCCACAGCGCUGCGCUCCCAGCUGGACCUCAAGGAUAACCGCAUGAAGGAGCUGGAGGCGGAGCUGGCCAUGGCCAAGCAGUCCUUAGCCACGCUGACCAAGGAUGUCCCCAAGCGGCAUUCACUCGCCAUGCCGGGCGAGACGGUGCUUAAUGGCAACCAGGAGUGGGUAGUGCAGGCGGACCUCCCACUGACCGCAGCCAUCCGGCAGAGCCAGCAGACUCUCUACCACUCACACCCCCCCCACCCUGGGGACCGGCAAGCGGUCAGGGUGAGCCCCUGCCACUCCCGGCAGCCCUCCGUCAUCUCCGACGCAUCUGCCGCCGAAGGCGACCGGUCGUCCACGCCAAGCGACAUCAACUCCCCUCGACACCGGACGCACUCCCUCUGCAACGGCGACAGUCCCGGCCCGGUUCAGAAGAACCUGCACAACCCCAUUGUACAGUCACUAGAGGAUCUUGAAGACCAAAAACGGAAAAAGAAGAAAGAGAAGAUGGGAUUCGGCUCCAUCUCGCGUGUCUUCGCCAGAGGGAAGCAGCGGAAGUCCCUCGACCCCGGCCUCUUUGAUGACUCGGACAGCCAGUGCAGCCCCACGCGACAGAGCCUCAGCCUGUCGGAGGGCGAGGAGCAGACAGACCGGCUGCAGCAGGUGGAGCUGGUCAGGACCACGCCCAUGUCGCACUGGAAGGCCGGCACCGUCCAGGCCUGGCUGGAGGUGGUCAUGGCCAUGCCCAUGUACGUCAAGGCCUGUGCGGAGAACGUCAAGAGUGGGAAGGUGCUGCUGAGCCUGAGUGACGAGGACCUGGAGCUGGGCCUGGGCGUGUGCAGCUCCCUGCACCGGCGCAAGCUCCGGCUGGCCAUCGAGGACUACCGCGACGCCGAGGCGGGCAGGAGCCUGUCCAAAGCCGCUGACCUGGACCAUCACUGGGUGGCCAAGGCCUGGCUGAAUGACAUCGGCCUGUCCCAGUACUCCCAGGCCUUCCAAAACCACCUGGUCGAUGGGCGGAUGCUGAACUCCCUGAUGAAGCGGGACCUGGAGAAGCACCUGAAUGUGUCCAAGAAGUUCCACCAGAUCAGCAUCCUGCUGGGAAUCGAGCUGCUGUACCAAGUGAACUUCAGCAGGGAGGCCCUCCAGGAGCGCCGGGCUCGCUGCGAGACGCAGAACGUAGACCCCGUGGUCUGGACCAACCAGCGGGUGCUCAAGUGGGUGCGAGAUAUUGACCUGAAGGAGUACGCAGACAACCUGACCAACAGUGGUGUCCACGGCGCCGUGCUGGUGCUGGAACCCACGUUCAACGCUGAGGCCAUGGCCACGGCCCUGGGCAUCCCCAGCGGGAAGCACAUUCUCCGGAGGCACCUGGCGGAGGAGAUGAGUGCCGUCUUCCACCCGGCCAACUCCACAGGCAUCCGGGAGGCUGAGCGAUUCGGAACGCCCCCGGGGAGGGCCUCCAGCAUCACCCGGGCGGGGAAGGAGGAGAACAGCGGUGGGAUCAAGUACAAGGCUGGCCGGCUGCCCCUGGGAAAGAUAGGAAGGGGCUUCAGCAAAGACCCCGAUUUCCACGACGACUAUGGCUCUCUUCAAAACGAAGAUUGCGGAGACGACGACUCCCAGGGCAGGCCCGAGCAGUGCCGUCUGGAAGGCUACAAUGGCCUGGAGGUCACCAACGUGUAAGGAGCCGAUGCUCCACCAGACCCAACACAGAGAGACGAAGGGAUGAAGGACAGCCAGGGACUGUCGCUGUUGUACAUAGUGAUCUCGGCCUGAGGAUGCUCCUCUAGCCCCGGGACAUCCCAGCAGACUGCUGUGACUUCGGAUGGGAACCCCGAGGAACGAGGGGGCUCCAGCCUGCCUGACCUGAGCAGGCUGUGGACUUCCGUGCUCACUGGAGGGAGACUGGCCCAGGGCGCCCGUCAGGGUGCCCGGCGCCUCUGUCAUCAAGGCUCCACCUCGGAGUGACUCAGCCACUGAGCAGUUCAAGUGGUCCCGGGAACCUUGAACUGAGCCACCAGGAUGGAAAGAGGCACAGGGUUCCCCAAAACACCCUCCCAGGAGGAGCAGAUGGGACUCCAGCCAGACACGCAGAGCCCAGCAGUGACAGCACCAGGAGCUAGCAAAGCUGGAGGCUGACCGGUCACCACGUGGACCCUUCUGGCCAGCCUGGUGGAGGUCUCAGCUCCAGCAUACAUGCCCCCAUGACCAAUAACUUGGCUUCUGACUUGGAUCACUGAAUCUCUCUUGGGAGAAGGCAAAACGGGAAGGUCAUUCCCAUCCUAAAAGCCGUGUGUCACAUCCGGGUGGACAUGUUAAAGGGCUACUUGCUCCCUCCUCCCGGGAGUGGCUGUCCUGGGUGGAGGCAGGUGACAUCCCUGCGGGGGUGGGGCUGACCAGCGACAUUGCCAGGAAAUGCAGAUAUCUGGUCAUCAGGAUGAAGGAUAUCGUGUCGAUAGGAUCGGGGUUGACUGAGUUAGGUCCGUGACAACUGUACCAAGUGUGACAGUGGGUUUGGGACUGGGAGCAGGGAAACGCUUGUCAUCAUUAACCCAGCAAACCUUGUUGUGAUGUCUGUCACCUGACACACAGGUGUGCUCACCAGUGCCCUAAUUGAGCUGAAUCUCACAGGUCGCUAAGAUGGUAGAGAGGAUCCCCAGCCCUCUUCUUGACUCUACUACUGUUUUGCUGUGUGGCUUCUUCCCAGUGGCCUCACCUCUCUGUGCCUCAAUGUCUUCAUCUACAAUACUUCUGGUUCCCUUCCAGGGAUGUUGUGAGGAUUAACACUUGCUAACAUCUGUAACACUUUGUAACCUCUCAGGAGACAGGUGGGAAGUUAUGGGGUCCAGGGUGGGUGUCUAAUUUCCCAUUUACAACACAGAACUGAUAUUGUACUAAUACUGUACUGGUUCUCUCCACCUGUUUUUUGUUGUUGUUGUUUUUGUUUGUUUGUUUUGGGGGCCGCACCGCACGGCAUGCAGAACUUCC